CGUGUGCUCUCUCAGAGGUCCGCCUGUCGGCACCGAUCCCCGGUCAGUGGGAGACCGGAGCUCUCGGUGCACGGAGCCCCAGUGUAACGGUCCCGGAGCGGAGAGAGGAGCCUUUACGCACGGAAUCCGCGAGGACAUGGAGUGCGUCCAAAGGACUCGGACCGUGUGAGAAGUUGUCCCUCAGCCAUGGAGCCGCAGACGAGAAGACGCGUGAAGUCCCUCUUCAUCAUCUUCAUCACCCGCGCCUGAGCUCUGAGGCGCAGCGGAGGAUGGCACCUGCACCGCGCCUGGCGAGGACCGACGCGUUCCAGGCUGGUUUUCUCUGAGCAGGAGCGAGUCUCUGUCCGCUUCUGAUCCGCUGGGGCUGCGGGAACUGCGCAUUUGUACCUUUGCACCAUCGAGGACUGCGGGGAAACAGUGCGUGGACAUCUUGAACUCACAGGUGAUGUCUCUGCCUCAGAGAUUUAAACUGUGCACAGGCUUCAUCUCUUCAUGCUGUUCCACUGCUGAGACGUCACGUCUUCUGGAAAUCGAGAAAUAAAAGAACCCCCCCCCCCCUUCUCCACACCAGGCUGAUCUCUGGGGUUCUGACUCACCAUGGGCACUGUACUGUCAUUGUCACCCGGCUCUCGCAAGUCAGGCUACUAUGACAACCGUCCGGGCUCGCUCAGCCACUACCCGAGCAUCAGCAGCCGCUCGCUCAACAGCCAGAAGGACCGCGGGCUGAAGAGGGGCCAGUCCAUCUUCCUCCCGGCGCUCACGUGGAAGCGACUGGUGGCCUCCACCAAGAAGAAGGGCAACUCCAAGAAGGGCCCCGGCUGCCCGGCGGCCCUCGGGGAGCCGCUCAACAACAACAACAGCAUCAACAUCUACCAAAAUGACCCUUUGCUGCACCUCAACCGCGAGAAUGUGAAGAAGUCACUGUCGUGUGCCAACCUGACCAGCUACGAGGGCCCAGCGGGACUGGGCCUGGGGCUCGGCUACGGGAUGGGGCUGGGUCAGGGGCAUGGAUACGCCUACAGCAAAUCCCAGCUGCUUUCUUCUGUGAAAAAGGUCCCGGUGAACACGGUGACAUCGUCUCCGAAGCGUGUCAUCGUCCAGGCCUCCACCAGCGAGCUCCUGCGCUGCCUGGGGGAGUUCCUGUGCUGUCGCUGCUACCGCCUGAAGCAUCUUUCUCCGGCCGACCCGGUGCUGUGGCUGCGGGCUGUGGACCGCUCGCUGCUGCUGCAGGGUUGGCAGGACCAGGCCUUCGUCACACCGGCCAACGUGGUCUUCGUCUACAUGCUGUGCCGAGACGUCGUGGACGGCGACCUGGUGGCGUCGGAGCACGAGCUGCAGGCCAUCCUGCUCACCUGCCUCUACCUGUCCUACUCCUACAUGGGCAACGAGAUCUCGUACCCGCUCAAGCCCUUCCUGGUGGAGGCGGGUAAGGAGGCCUUCUGGGAUCGCUGCCUCGCCAUCAUCGACGCCACCAGCGCAAAGAUGCUGCGCAUCAACGCAGACCCGCACUUUUUCACACAAGUAUUUGCCGAACUUAAGAGGGAAGGCGGCUGUGGGCCUCAGGAUUAUAAUCGGGUGCUGGAUCGGUGAGAGGAGGACUGAGAGCACAUCCUUGCUGACCGCAUGCCUUUUUGUAUUUCAUGCACACAACCACUUGCACACAGACACACACAUUUGUCUCGUACAAAUAUCCCUCCACGUUUUCUGCUGAUGUUCUGCAGAAACAAAGAAGGCCUGUCUCGACUUUAUUUAUUCAUUCAUCCGUAUUUGUUGCCUCCCCAGAUUGAAACUGAGAAUUGAAAUGUUUCCUCUGAAGAUUAUCUCUGAUAAUUGGCUCAUAAACACAGUUGUCCCCCUGGAAUAUCCACUCGAGUUUACAUAAAAACAACCAUUUGCACCAUUUGCUCCACCUGUCCCCUCCGACCCCAUGUGGCUGGUCCCAGUCGUCCCAGCUGCCCCUGUGGAUCUGCACCGCCUCCUCUUUUACCUGAGUCUGAAUGUCAUCACUCAGCAUGAGGCAGGACGGGAGCUCACGAAACACCACCAAGGAUUUCUCUCUGGUUAUACUCACGACAACAUGGAUUCAAAUAACAUUUUCCUCAGUGACAGAAUAAUCCACAAGGGGCCAGGUUGUUUCCUGGACGAUACAAGGACACGUCUUGACAUCCACUGCUGGUUUAAGCCCCAAGUGCCAGCGGUGAAAAGUGACUCAGACUGAUGGGAGCAGCUGAGAGGUCCAUGUUGUGUCCCACUGGUCCUGCUGUGCGCUGUGUAAUCAGGAGAGCAAAAGGAACAGGCUCUGUUUCGUGGAGCCUUCUGAGGGCCGUGUGGCCUGAGGGGGACAGUUGCUGUUUUUUUUAUCUCCACCGGCUCGACCCUGCCUGUGGACUCCUCUGUGUUUAUGUCUUAUCUAAUCUGGAGACAGUUUCCUGGUGGAUGCAGAAUGCCUGACGUGUUUUGUGUGUGCACAGCCCUGUGUGUGUGUGUGUGUUAGGCAUUGUGCGAUGGACGGCAGCCGGGGUCAUCAGCUGUUUACCCCGUCCUUUGUUCCCUGCGUCUUGUUGACAGGGCACCCACGGCCGUGGUUUUAAUGAGAUUAGCAGAUUAGUGCAGCCCCUCCCCGCUCUCAACCUCUGCCCUCCUCUUGUCCACUCGGCCGCCCUGCAGAGCUUCCCCGUGCUGAUCCAGGCCGGGCGGCACUGGGGCUGGACCCUAAGCACAACACACAUGUGCACAAACACACAUUUAAAUACCUCUGUCGUGUGCAUUUUGUUCUCCUGCACGAAGUCAACGUUGUGUGUGUGUGCAGCUCGGGCUCGGAGGUGGAGGCAGGGAAAGCGCUGCACGAGCGAUCCAGGCAGGAGUGACAGAUGAGCGCCGCUGUGGUUGAGGGGGUUUGUUGUUGUUGCCUCUGAAUUUGUCCCACUUUCCCAUCAGUCACCUGCGUGUCCUCAUCUGCCGUCAAGAGGCUUUCGGAUACGGGGACUUGUUUCCUCCCAUAACUCAGGUCUCUGGCUAAAUUAUUCCCUCGAAUGAACCAUUGGCAUUUGUGCUUGGGUGGUUUUAAUCUGUGUUUUCCCAUGUGUUCGUAUGCGUGUCUGUGCGUGUCAGAGGAGGGUCACAGAUGAGCCUGUGGUUCGUCGGUCGUAUUGCACUGAAGAAUAAGUGAAUUUCCUGAAUUUCUGUCAAAGCAGAUCGUAUUAGAUAUGUUUCCAGUUGGAUUUUAUGUCCCUAGAAAUCUAGAAAAUCGUUUCCUGCAGCAAAAGAUCACAGAUCAACAAAGUUUACAGUUCAACCUUCAAUGCCGACUUUAUUCGAGUUGCAGGAAGGAGACAAAAACUGCAGAAAAGCACAAUUAUGCUCAUGAUGCAUCCCAGUGGCUCUUUGUAGAUAAAAGGAAAAUAAACAAAUCUGGAUUUUUGCAUUUUAGAUUAUUUGCAUCCUGUUCUUGAUGUGACCAGAUCCUGAUCUCUCUCAAAAAGUAUCUACUUGCAACAAGUUGCUUAUGUCUAACAACUGAUUCGUUUAUAAUAGAUUACACAUAUAAAACUUUGUCAGAAAUAUGUUUUUCUACCUAAAUUCAACUUCUGUUAUCAUGAGACCAAAUUUAUCUUGGGACCCAUUUGGAUUUCAUAACCCCUGCGUAGGGAACCAGAGUUUUAGGAUUCUGUUUGACAUCCAGCACCAUGUGACGCCCAAUAGCCUGAGACAAAGCUUUAAUCUUAUUGUGUUCAGGCAUCUGGAGGUUUCCGAGCUCCGCCUCCCUCCUCGCUCUCGCACACACUCUGCUGCGAUGCUGCCGUUUGUACUCAACCUCAAGGUCGGACGUUGAACAAGAAUCCCACAAGAUGUGACCUUUACACACAUGUGCACACAAAUACACUCCGGUGCACGUACCCUCCUUGGGUAAUCCCGUCCUAAUCCUCCCACCCAAUCAAAUGGAGAGAGGGAGCGCAGGAUGAAAACAUGAGGAAAAUAAAGUAAGCGGUUCAGAAUCCGAUGAGAUUUGGUGCCACACUUCCCGUACAGGUUUUGGCCCCGUGGCUCAGCGUUCAAAUCCCGAAGGCCGUCGAGUCAGAGAGCUCAGCCCUGCUGUCUAUUCCAUGCAGGCUGGUUGGAGUCGAGCCUCAGGGUCUCCACCAGUCGACCGGAGAGGAGCGAGCAGUGAUUCACCGAACGCCGCUGCUGUCUCUCCGUCUGGAGCCUCGACGGGCAGCCAUCUUGGUCCGGUUGUCGUGGUCACUGCAGCUCUCCCUCUCUGUCCUGGCCCCGGCUUUAACAAGGCCACUUGUCUCUUGACUCACCCCCUCCAGCCUCCUCCUCCUCCCCACCCCCCACCCCAACCCCAUGUCCACACACACUCAGCUGUUGUUGUGCGCUGGCCGUUUCAUUAGAUUUGACACCCCACACCCGCCAGCCAUUGUCAGGACGAGGAAGGGCAGAAUGGGGCUGUUUGUUGGCAAAUGGGCUGGUUGUGUGUGUGUGUGUUUGUGUGUGAAUGUGGGUCAAAGUUAAGGGCAACAUCUGCUUCCAUCCAUCCGUCUCCUGUGGACAUGCACGAUAAUUAAAUCACAAGUUUCAGAACAGCACACUCAAGUGGUGCUGGUAUCAACCAGUCGCCCCCGUCGUCAGGGACAAAUCAGGAAUAAUCUGCCGCAGAUUUCCUCGACAACAACUCUUGCUCACAUUUGGCUGGUUCUUCGCGCCCAUCAGCAGCACAGACACAGAGGAGCCACGUUUACUUGAGUCCAAUUGAGCAUUAACGCAAUUUGUCAUAAUUUGGUGUCCAGCAAAAAGAGGCAACUGUCCCCUCCUCCAGUCCCGUCUGUCCACGCUGCCACCGAGCCGGAUCGCGUAGCCGCCGCUGCUCCUCCAAUCGUGUCACGGAGCACAGCGUCUCAAAAGCCAAUUAGCUCGCAUCUCAGCUGGAGCUCUAAUUCUGUUCAUCCAAUCAAACCCCUCGGCAUCGUUCCUGAGUGCUUAUACGUGACUGACGGCAAACAGACACAUGAUGCCUGUGACAUCGCUGUGGAUAAUUUACAUUUAGUGCAAACUGGACCUAACUCUGUGGACAGGGACCUUGAUCUUUGCAGAACUUUUCAGACGGGCCUGAGACUGGCUUUGUCUGAGAGACUUUUCGGGUUUGUGUGAACAAUGUGAUCAAGAUUUUAAAGCGUAAAUGUGGUGUUAUUCUAUAUUUUUCUUACUGUCAUCAAGUCCCAUGCAUUCAACUGUUUUACUAUGUUCAGACUCCUCUGCCUUAUCUGUGUAUUCACCCCUUAAGCCCACGUGUUGCUAAAUUAAAAUGUAUUUAAUAUACUACACUUAACUAUAUAGUACUUUACUAAAAAAGCUGUACUUUGUAGCAAACAUUUCUCAAACAGGAGGAAAAGGUCAAUCUGUUUUCAGCUGCGGAUUAAUACACAUAAAUCAAAAUAGAUCUAAAGAAGUGAUCCUGUAUCCGCUCCCUGAUUCGUAUGUACAUCAAAAUUCAAUGAGUACUUCCCUCACCCAUACUGCAUCCUCCCACUAACUGUCAUGGUAAUACGUCCAGUAGUUUUAGCAAAAAUCUUGUUCACAAACCAAACAGACUGGUACUUGGUAGUAAACGAGUUAAUGCUGUUCUCACGGGAUUUUGUUUGACAGUGAGAGAAACGUGAAUGAAUCCCCAGACUUACGCUCGACGUGGCCACAGCUCUGUGAGUUGUGCUCAGGUAGUUCAGUCUGAUGCUGCUGCUGCUGCUGUAGGUCGGUGUGAAACGUCCGCUCCACGCCGGAGACGGACGAUGUAAAUACGUGGGUGAAAAAGAACGAGUGAAAGAAGACGAGUUGUUACGAAUGAAAAAAACAACAAAAAGAAGAAAUACUCUUGCUGGGCAGUAGCAUGAAUGCCAGCCAGCUAGUUUAGACAUGUUUCUUUUUUGUUUGUUUGUUUGUUUUUGUUUUUUUUUACUUCUGCUUAUGUUUGAUUUUUUUAUCUGUGACAUUUCAAAAAUGAAAGAUUAUUUCUCCGGUAACUUCAAACCGGAUCUGUUCGCUCAUUGGAAACAUGUAUUGGUGUAACUCUCAUCAUUAUGGUGGUGAUGUGUCCAUGUUUAGAAUCAGUAGACACAGAAGAAACUCAUGUUCUCCGCCUGCUCCUGAAAUAGCAAAGCAUGUGAAAUCCAUGUGAGUGAUUAGAGAUAUUAUGACUCCGUUAUUUUUAAACUCAGCCGUCGCCUCAUGCCGGACUUCAUUUGUCACUUUGCUGAGUUGGAUGUGGUCGGUCGGGUGUUUUUGAAGCUAAAUUGGUAAAUAAAAUGUGCCCCCCCCCCCUCACCCUCACACAGAGUACAGUAUAUGUGCAGAUAUGAUCAAGUUAGAGGUCAUCAAUAGCUUGUUUCAUCGAUGCCCCAGCUGGUGACACAAAGGCGGCCAUUGUACGCGCGGCGUUUGUCGCAGGCAGCUCCGGCUUCGGCCCGUCGCCCUCGCUGAUCGGAGCUUCGAACACUUUCAGCUUCAGAAAGAUCCUCAUUUACACUAAUGUUAAUGUUGCUACCAAAAACUCUGUGACUGUCCAGUGUCCGUGUACUUCACCGCUGCCUGGGUCCCCCUGAGUUUCCAUGGAUACCCUCCUCAGCCCCCCCCCCAUCACCCCGACGAAGCAGCACAUCACCUCGGGCGACUUUUGUAAAGCCACCGAAGUGUGUGUAGCUCCAAACAUAAAAAUACUGUUGAUGGGAAAAACUUGAAAAACAAAUGUGACUGUUUCAUUAUUUCAUGUUUCAUUUUUCAUGAUGAUGAUGUUUUACUAUGUUGAUUAUUUAAUAAAGUAUUGAGCUGAAAUCGAAA